AUGGUGGGAUUUUCUUACGUGGUGCAAGCGACACAAAUAAAUCCAGUGGUAGAAAUCACAAAAGAGGUAUGAGAUUUCAUUUUAUAAAAAUACGCACAUUAUACUGUGAUACAUAUAGUACCCAGUGAUCAAGUAUAUUAGGACCAGCGAUACUUCCGCACAGCGCGAUUGAUACUGAUCAGACGAUAUCACUCAAUACUUGUAUCUGGACAUUUUAAUACCGUACUCAUUGAAUACAUAACCUCUGUUUGAACGAGGAUGAGAGUUGCUGCUCGAUCUCGUUCGCGUUUCGUCACCUACUCUAAUCGACUCUCAUCAACGUUAAACUGGUUCAGAUUUUGAUAAGAGUUGAUGAGAGUUUUCGCUACGCGCGGGGUAAUAUCCAGUCAACUCUCGUGCAAUUCUUGUUCUCGUUUAACCGGGGCAUGAGAGUUGAGGAACCUCUUGCUUGCCAACUCUCCUCAACUCAGUUUACUCUCAUGCAAACUCUCGCUUGCCAACUCUCAUCAACUGUUCAGAACACUGAUGCAAUUGCUUCGUUCUCUUGAAAACGUCCGUCCCAUUGGACGAGUUCUUUUAAACAGCUGCGCACUUACUCUGUGGAGAAACGUGCAUUGGGCUUUUUUGUAUACUUUCCUAUAUAGUCGAUGCAGCUGUUCAUGUUAUAAGUCCGAAUGAUUGAGUGUGUUAAGGAGUUGUAUACACAUACUUUACACACGAGUUUAACCCGUUAAGCUGCAAUGCGCCCAAAUCGGCACCCUACUUUAUCAGCUAUUUUACUCUGUCUAACGACAGACAAGCUUUCCUGGAAAAGUUUACCUUCUCGUGUGUACUUGUCAACAAGUUUUCCUUGACAAAUUUUGCCGCUCGUGUGCAAGGUCGCCUGUCAGAAUCAUAGAAGUAUUUCCUGUACACUUGUCAAGUUUUCCUUUGGCGGCCGUACACAAGAACAAAUUUUCCUUCUCCAAAACCUGGCAUGAUGACUAGCUUUGGAACUUAGCUCCUUGGCAAGGAAAAGUUGUCUCAAUUUUUUUGCCGUACACACGAACGAAUACAACUUGCCAGUCAAGGAAAACUUGCCCGUCUUUACGAGGCUUUAAUUAUUUAACCCUUUAAGUGGCAAUGCGCCCAGAUGCGCUCUGCUUUAUUAUUUUACUCUGUCUAACGCCAGAUGAUUUUACUUGUCAAGGAGAGAGUGCUGCCACUCAACGGGUUAAUAAAUAUUGACUAAGAAGCGUCAUGGAUCUUUCAGACAUGACAAAAAUAGAAGACUGCUUUUAUGUUCUUUAGUCACGUUUACAGUUAUUGCGACAAAUAAUGUUGAAGCAUUUUCUUUUCAACAGGUGAAGCAAUGUUUUGAGAACAAAAGCACAACAGCAACAACAACAAAGGCCUCAGAGCGAGGGCCGUUGGGCGCGAAGAUACAUAUACGAAAUGAGACAAUCUAUAAACCAAUCAGGUCAAAGAAAGCGUGGAAACUCAAGUACGAUAGACACAAACAACAAACAACUCGUGGUUUCUUCUCGCCCGUAGCGAAACCGUACGAAACAUUUGGCGAGCUAGAGUUGGACCUUAGAGAACUGGUGCUCAAAACAUUAGGCGCCAAGGUAAGGUGAUAAAGAAUCGAAUAUGGCUCCAUGCAUACAGCCGGUUUUCUAAAAUAUUUUAGAUUUCAACCAAUUUUUUCAAGGCAAUAUGAUCAUUUCCAGGAAGGUUCAGACUUCGGAGGUCCUUCGCUGUCCAUAGAGUUCACUGGUUGGAACGGUGGCAACCAUGGCAACCAUGACGUUUUACCUUUUGUACUUUUAUUGUCUAGUUUCGCAAUCAAACGACACUAUCUUUUUUUCUUCAUUCGGUCAAUAUUUCUGAAAUUCGAGAACUCGAGCCAAGGAUGGAGUUAUUGCAAGUCAGUUUCAUUCCCUUUCUCUAUUGUUUUUGUCUGCGCGGUCUGCCAGGAAUGUGCCGAAAUUACGUAUUUUGACUUCGAUUUAAAGAAUAACACUGUGGUUUUAUGAACUGAUAUAUAUGAUAACGAUACAGUCCGUUAGCAAAAACUGGAAUUAGCUGGGGAAAAUGGUAUUAAAACUGUCUACAACCGUCAUAGCUAUUCGAUGUCAAUUCCGCCAUCUUGGCUUAACUUUCUCAUAGGCUAAAUGACGUACUGAAGUUGUUGCUCCUGAGUCCAGAUACCUAUAUAGCUCAUUCAAUUCAGCUUAACUCUCAGCUGCAAGUAAGGAUGAUGAGCAUAUUGCCACUAAGUUAGCUCUCCCGCUAGUAAAUGCAGACAUUAAUGGGUCUUUCCCCUUAUAACUAAAAUUUUGAUCUAGUCAAAAAUUUCAUCACAGCUUGAAAGAGCAUCACAAAAUUAGUAAUAUUCCAAAGUUUCGUUGCGAAAUGUUGUAAAAUGCGGAUAAUAUAGCCUUGCGAAAUUUGCCGUUUUUCAGUCAUUUUGUAUUACGCAUGGGAAAUUGACAGCCCAAUCGGGUGUUGGGGCAUCAAUUUCCCGUUUGUAAUACAAAAUGACUGAAAAUUGCAAAUUUCGCAGGGCUAUAUUAUAUUAUCCGCAUUUUACAACAUUUCGCAACGAAACUUCGGAAUAUUACUAAUUUUGUGAUGCUCUUUCAAGUUGAAAUUUUCGUCUAGACUUGUCUAGAUCAAAAUUUUAGUUAUAAGGGGAAAGGUCCAUUGCUUUUAAAAUUUUCCUCUAUUCAGUUCAAGAUGAGUAUAUUAGCUUCUGCAUGGGAACAAUGGGAACUCAUUAGUAAAUGACCUGCAAAAAUAGUAAUAGCCUCCACCCCUUACAGUGACAUCUAUAGAGACAAGGGACUAUAACGAGCCUUUAAUAUUACCAGUGCGUAUACAACUGCAGAUGACACGUUCGAGUGCGGACGUAGACUGCUUGGAAUCGUAUAUAACAUCGUCUAGGAUGUAUUUUCGCUAGGAAAGGAAAGUACUGCCUCAAACUCGACACUCCCAAUGUAUAGGUUGGGAAAAAGACGCGACAAACAGCGCUGAUUACGCCCUUUGGAAUGGGAACAAACGUUCGUGGCACUGAUGAAACUUUAAAGAAAUAAACAAAUAUAUAUUGCCGUUGAAAGAAUAAAGUUCAGUCCAGUUUCUUUAAGUAGUUUUUCUCCUAGAGUCCAGAAAAAGAGCCAACAGAGUUAGCCAAGCUCUCAUUAUGGGAGAGACUACGCAAUAAGACCACAGAUCCACAUUACUUAAAGGUAUGGUUGAUUAGUUAUACAUUAUUUAAAAUAUAAAUUUGAAAAGACACGAUUCAAGGCUGGGCUGGGCUGGGGGAGAGUGUUGAAAUAUACAGAUAAAUUAUUAUAAAAAAAUAAAUAAUUUAAACUAAUUACUAAAACGCACAUAUAUACAAAAUAUAGAAAUAUAUAGAGCUUGGCACGAUUCAAACGAGUCUCUUAAAUGAGUUGAGAGACUCAGUUCAUUUUGUUUCGCUUGCCGGGAGUUGAUUUCAGGGCAGUGGCGGAAAUCUUGGGGGGGGGCGAGGGGGCGCCCCCCCCUCACCUUCACAGAAAAUUGAUGAAUUGUCGGAAAUGUUGACCUAAAAGAGGGCUAAAAACAGUCUUUUCGAGUGCAAAUGGGGGGGUAUGUCGGAAAUUUGAAAGUUUUGUCGGAAAUUUAGGAGGCUUUGCCCCCCCACCAGAAAAAGUGAAUUUCCGCUACUGUUUCAGGGCAUAGGCCAGCUAUAUUUGAAACUUCUCUUAAGAAAAUCUCUUUUUGGUUUGGGAAGUGUCAGAUAUGUUGCACUACUACGAAGAUGAUAACUGGUCUGAUCCACUUCCCUUCUCGAGUUUCUUAAGACUGCAGGUUUACACUAUCAAAGUUUCUGUGAUCACAGUAAAAAGUUUGCAAAGGUAAAUUCUAAGUUUUGAAGGAUUUGUAAGGAAUGUUUGAAGUGUUUAAUUAACGCUGACUCAGUUCCCUCAAGCAUUUCCUACAAAUCCUUCAAUACGUAGAAUUUACCUUUGCAAAAUUCUUUCUGUGAUCACAGAAACUUUGAUAGUGUAAACCAUCCUUUAUAACACUCAGUCAGUUUCCUCAAACAUUUCUUACAAAUCCUUCAAUACGUAGAAUUUACCUUUGCAAAAUUCUUUCUGUGAUCACAGAAACUUUGAUAGUGUACACCAGGCUUAAUAAAGUGUAUGUGUAAAUUUCAUUCAGUUUGAUGACGAAAGUGGCAAGUCAGUCAAAGGCAAAGAGCAGUAUACGAACAAGAGCAUGACCUCGACAAUAGGCGGGAGACUGGCACUAAUGAAGACUCGAUUAGCCGCUAUACGUGCAGGUCAGAGUUACGAGUAUUGCUUACGUGAAGAAAAUCAGAGAAAGGUUAGUACGUCAUGUACGUAUCUCUAAAGCGAAAGUACGUAAGCAAGGAAUUUAAGUGGAGGUAUGUUAAUCACCCGGCCUUACUUGCAGCUGAGAUGAUGAGAUCUGAACUGAGUUAGAAAGGACGCAACCCAACCUGAGAAGGACCGCUCUGGAAGCCAUCUUAUGACUCAUGUCGAUUAGCACUAUUUUCCAUCCAGCAAACGCCCUAUCGAUUUCCCAAAGUCUUUCUUUUUGGAUUUUUUUAUUAAUUCGGUUAGGGUUGCGGUUAGAGUUAGACUGUUAGAGUAGGGGUAGGGUAGAGUUAGGGGUUAGAGUAGGGGUAUGGUAGGGUUGGGGGUUAGAGUAGGGGUAGGGUUAGUUACAUAACCAUCUUCUUCCAUCUUCCAAAAAUGACGUCAAGUCAGUUUGCUGGAUGGAAAAUAGUUCUAACCAUCUGAUCACGGAGUACAGCUACGGUGGAAGGGUCAGUUAGGGGCUAAACCCAACUCACCCUGUCAACAUUAGACAGAUUAGAGACCUUACGAUUUUAGGACGGCAACCGCGACGGUGACGGCCAAAACAAACUCCUUCAAAUAAAUGGUAGUCGAUAGUUCGUCGUAUAUUAUCAAUCGUAUGAAUUUAAUACAGUCUUUAUAGUCUUAGAAGUUGAAUACAUGGGUUUUAUAGUUGGGAAGAGCUCUGCUAAACCCAGUUUGAAGUUGCACUUGUUGUGGCUUGGAAUGCAGCCGUUGUACCAAGACGUGAAAAUAUGUGAUUUGGCGUUGUAAACAGAGCGAGGACAAUAUCUAAAUUAUUCAUUUAUUGUAAUUACUCAAUUCUUUUCAAUGAUCUAUUGUAUUGGUAGCCGUUGCCGUCCUAAAAUCGUAAGGUCUCUAAUUAGAUCGCGAGGACGGGCACGUCAAAGACGACGUGAAAAUGGCGUAUGUGCCCAUGUAUGGAUAUGCCACGCCAUUUUGAGGUCAUUUUCACGUCGUCUUUGACGUCCGCGUCCUCGAUCUAAAUCUGUCUAUUCCCUGUGGGAGGAAACCGGGGUACCCGGAGAAAACCCACGACUUUCGGUAGAGCGUUGUCUUUUCACAUAAGCAUCACGUGUCCGGAGCGAGAAUCUCAGAGGUGAAAGUGUAUGUGCGCCAACGAAGCUCGCUCUGUAUGUAAACCAAGGAAAGUAGGUUCCAAGAAAAAGGUAAUAAGCUCGAUCUAAAUACCCGAUUCAUAAUUAAGUCAAUUACUUGGGCAUUCCGCUCUAUAGAAGAGGAUAAUCCAGCUCGUCCUUUGCCUUGCACGCCAAGACAACAAGAUAUACAAGAUCGUCCACUAACACGAAAGGUGUAAAGUACGAAGUCCUGCGGUGCAAAACAACAACCUACCAAAGAUCAUACUGGAUAAGAACCAUCAGAACAUGGAACACAUUGACGGUCAUACUUGACUUGAGUAUGGAGAACUUCAACGCAUUCAAGUCUGUAAUGCGAGAGUACUACCAUACUGCAUUAACGAACACAUACGAUUGUGAUGAUGUACGAACUUUUAAAACGAUUUGCCCGAAAUGCAAUAGAGCAAGGACUUUAACAAACUCGAUGAACUGUUGUUUUUAGUCUCUAUGGUUUAAUUGUUAUUUGUGUUAUUGAUAUUUGUCUCUUAACGUUUUGGGCCCGCAGUAAUUGGUUUCAGGCUGUUGCGGAUACCCAACCAUCAACUCAGUUUAUGUCAUUGUGUUAUGUAUGUAUAUGUGUGUAUGUGUGUGUAUGUUUCUGUACAGUAGUGAUGGAAAAGCAAUUAAAUAAUAAUAAUAAUUAAAAAAUUAAAUAAUGAAGGGAUUUUGUAGAUGACAAAGCGAAAACUUCAUGUCCUCCGGUAGGAAUGCAGUGCUCUCACUACUACAGAAACCCUUCCUACUGUAUAUUCUAGAUGCUUGAAAUUCUAGAAGAACAAAAGCUUGAGACGCAACUCACACUCAACACCCCACUUGGCCCACCAUACAUCAGAAAGAAGUCCGUGCUGGCGUCGAGAAAGUCCGUUGGAAAUAUUGAAGACACAACGCUUGAAGAAACGCGAAAGUUGGAUGCAAGCGAACUACAGUAAGUUAGUGCUAAAUAUUGCACGCUGUGUUAAAUACUGCAGAAUGGUUACUGCUUUCUGAUUGAUAGCUAUGCAUCACGUGACUAUAGCUAAAACCUCAUUACGCAAGUUGCGGCUAUCCGCAAGUGAAGGUAAGAAACUUGGAUGUGGUUGCACACCAUACGUGAAAUACUGGCUCUAAAAUACGAUUUUAGAUUGCCAACAUGUUCUGGUCUUAGAUUGCCAACAUAUUACUGAUUGCUCGGAUUACCGACCUAGCAGUACCUAAAUGACUCCCCGUAAAGUAACUUUAGUUCUAGUCUCUGUAAGUUCAAUCUAAUUAAUUGUUCCCCCGACUAAGCGGUCAUUCUAAGGGGCCAUACGUUAUCCUACACGAAGAAAACCAAUCCAGUGGGGGUGUUUGGAAGCAAUCUACUCUUCUCAAAAGCGAAAUUGUGGAAGUGUUAAAUUAAUGUUAAAACAUAAAUUUUGAUUUUUUUCAGAGAGUACCAUAAACGCAAGUGUAAGAAUUUCGUGGCAUUUCUUAAAGCUCUCUACUCCCUGAUACGCUGCGUGUAUCAUUUGAAGACACGAGAUCUACGCACUAAGGUAUUAAUAAUAAGAGAAGAACUGAUAGAGCUAUCCAGUAUGCAUAAAGUUAGAUAAUACGAUAAAGCCCUGGGCAAACUAGGAAACAUUGUUGCGGAAACAUUGUUUCCUACCAAUGUUUCGCCAUGUUUCCCAGAGUGAGCAAACACUAGUGAGAAACAUAGGGAAACAUAAAAUGUUUCUGAAUUUGCUAGGAAACAUUUUUGUUUCUCGGGAAGCAAAUUUUGUUUCCGCAAAAUGUUUCCACGGUUGGGCAAACAUGGAAACAUUUGAGGAAACAUCGAGAAUCACAAAUGUUUCCACAACAAUGUUUCCUAGUUUUCCCAGGGCUUAAGUCUUCAUAAUUUGUCUCUGUUAAUACAUUUAGGUACCACUCAGUCGAGACUAUCUGAAAGUGAUCAACACAGAUGUACCCUUGGACGCCAAAGGAAAGCCCAUCAGACAUCAGAGAGUUACAAUUACCAAUGCCCAAAAUAACGAGGGCUCAACAGAUUCUUUUCACAUCAGAGGAAGCGACUCGGACCGAGUGACCAGUACGGUCCCUAACGAGUCCUUGCCGAACGUUUCACGACCAUCAGCGAUAGAAUGCGGUUCUACUUCAGAAAAGCAAAGUACUGGUUUUCCAGCUAAGCGGUAUGAAGUUGCGACUAUUGUGUUAUUUUACCACUUUAUCCGGAUGUGUUCGCACUGCUUGUUCCCAGCAUAGAUAUCUUAUAUACACUAGAUAGCGCAUCUCUUUUAGUAAAAUUGAAGCCAAGAAUAUUCCAGCGGUUACUCCCAUUUGAAUAGAUGGCGGCCAUGCUGGUCGUUCCCACUUGCUAAUAAACACUUAAAAACAACAAUAACUUUCAUCAUUUGAAUAUUUUAAAAACGAAUUUGGAAUAGGGUUAACUUAAUGUUUAAGUUCCAUGUUUAAGAAAUAGGAAACAUACGAAUCUUCUAAUUUCAUGGGAACGACCUGAGACUGCAAUCACGUCUUCAAUUUUUGAAUUGCAGAAUAAUUAGAUGCACUAUCUAGUGUAUAUAAGAUAUCUAUGGUUCCCAGUUGUUGUGACAAGUCUGGAACAAGUUGUCAUCACCUUGUUACAAGGUUGAUGACGGUAAUGGAUCGACUUGCUACAAGUUGUUCCAACAAGACUAAUGCAGGCCGUUCGUAACAAUAAGUUUCUACGAGUUUGUUGUCAUCAACGUAUUAACAACUUGUUAUACGUGCAGAUGAUAUCAAACUUUGUAUAACAACUUGUUGCAAGUCUGUUGGCCUCAUCAACCUUGUUACAAGAUGAUACAAAUUUGUCCCAGACUUGUCAACAACUGGGAACAAGCAGUACGAACACAUCUCGUUAACAAGCUGUGAAGUUUUUACGCGUAUACUGUACACCCCGAAUUUUCAUGUCACUAUUAAUAAUGAAUGUAUCAUUCCUGCUGCACUUACAGGCACGUGCCACAUUCAUUUCUUAUUAUUUAGUAUGAAAAAUAUGCUGGCACGAUCUGGUACGUUAGAAGAUAUUCCAGAGCCUGGCAGUUUGCCUGCAGGUCAAGAUAAUCCAUCCAGUAGAGCUGGAAUCAGUCGCUGUAGUCUGCAGGGAACCUUGUUAUCAGUAUGUACUGUUAAAAGGUAAUCACUAAAAGACUAAACAGAGUUCGUACAGGCCAGAAAGAGUUAAAUUCAAGGACUUUCAAGGCUUUGUAUCAGGAAAUUCAAGAAAUGAAGGGGCUGAAAAAAAGGCGUUAGAAAUCAGUAAACAGUGAUGUUAAACUAAACGGCAACUUUAAUGAAUUUCAAACAGCUUUGGCCUUUGUAAGACAUGAACAGAAUCAACUUACAAAAUGUUCAAUUCUUAAUUCCAAACAAUUUCAGAAAAUAUCCACUAAAGCAAGAACAAUUUAAGGACUUUCAAGCACUUCUUUAUAAACUCAAGGACAUUUAAGGCCUUAAAUUUUUGUUUCCAAAUUCAAGGAUUUUCAAGGAUUUUCAAGUUUUGUACGACAAUGCAUGGGCUAUUUGACAAGUCCAAGAAUUGUCUAAUCAUAAUAGUACCUUCUUCCAGGCGAGGGCAGUUUCUCGGAAUGAUAACAAAUACUGGAAAUAAUUCAGAGCUGGGUCAAGUACAGACAUUGCCAGUGUGGCAACAAGUAGCAACAAAUGAAAGAAGUACGUUUAGCUAACUAUAUAUCUUCAUAGCUAUUUUGUCAUUAUGCACCCAAUUUGUAAUUUUACUCUGUCUAAUAUAACUCGCAAAGUUUUACUCGUAAAGGGAUUGUUAAUUGUUGCCGUUAAACGAGACAGUCGAAUAGUGCACUAAUUGGUAGUUUAUCCACUUUGUCAGUGAAAAACUAAAGUAAAUUUUUAAAUUAGACGAAAAAAGAUCAAAGCCUGGAAUCUCAAGGUAAUAUGAUGAAAUAUUCGCGUCCAAUUUACAUAAUCCCUAAACUACUCCUCUGAAUUGGAAAAUCCGAGAAACCACGCAUAAUUCUAACUGCAAGACAACCUAUUUUUUCCAGGAAAUCAGAGAGGCCAAGAGGACUGAAUUUGGAUCAGCUUAAAGAAGAAUAUCUCGAGGCUCAGAAAAGAUGUUCGAAACGACUUCAUGAUGACAUGAAGAGAAUUGAAAAGUAAGAAAGAAAUGUUCUCUUCUUCUCAAUUGUGUACAAGACACAAGUUCCUGAUUCAUUCGCUGGAACUCUAAUAGGCAAUUGCAGCUAUAGACGAAAUUUUGAUCUAGGCAAGAAGAACAAAUCCAUCACCACAGAUAGAAAGAGCAUAUUAAAAUUAGUAAAAUUGCAAAGUUUGGUUGCACAAAUUUUGUACACAUUUGUAUUACGCGCGGUAAAAAUAACCACUUUCGGCUGAAAAAUGGUUAUUUUUCACGCGCGUAAUACAAAUAUAUACCGAAAACUUGCGAACUUCACAGGGCUAUAUUUUCCUCAUUUUACGACAAUUCGCAACCAAACUUUGCAAUUUUACUCAUUUUAAGAUGCCCUUUCCAGCUAUGAUAAUGGUUUCGUUCUUCUUGCAACCUAGAUCAAAAUUUCCUCUAUACCUGAAAUCAUCCAUGCAUUUUCAUCCGCUACAAAUCCCUUCAACAAUAGACCUUUCCCCUUUUAAGUGAGAUUUUGAUCAAGACAAGUCUUGACAAAAAUUUCAUCACAGCUUGAAAGAGCAUCACAAAAUUAGUAAUAUUCCAAAGUUUCGUUGCGAAAUGUUGUAAAAUGCGGAUAAUAUAGCCUUGCGAAGUUUGCCGUUUUUCAGUCAUUUUGUAUUACAAAUGGGAAAUUGAUAAUGAGUUUGAUUAUCUGAUUAUCAAUUUCCCGUUUGUAAUCUAAAUGACUGAAAAACGGCAAACUUCGCAAGGCUAUAUUAUCCGCAUUUUACAACAUUUCGCAACGAAACUUUGGAAUAUUACUAAUUUUGUGAUGCCCUUUCAAGCUGUCUUUCAAGCUGUGGUGAAAUUUUUGUCAAGACUUGUCUUGAUCAAAAUCUCACUUAAAAGGGGAAAGCUCUAUUUGUCUCUACAAUAUCCCCAUGUUUCUCUCUUCAGACUAGAGAAGCCAGUAUUUCGUAUCAAGUUAGGAGCAUUAAAGCUAUCUCACCUGUUGGAACACGAUAUUCCAAGCAUGAGAAGAUCAACCAAUAAACUACAACAGGACUACCAUGACCAAAAUGUCCGACCUUCAGGGUGGUACGUAUUAUUACAGCGUGGACGUCUGUUAUGAGAUGACAAGAAUUAGUUAUGUUGCAAAUUGUAUAGAAAAAGUGCUCGCGGUUGACAAAUAGACAUGGAGUGAUAUCGAUAGAGGAAGGGCGCAGCCCAACCACAGAAUAAAGAUCCAUACAGAAGGGCCACUUACGUCGGAAGCUUUGAAGUUUCUGUCGUCGCUGGCCGCCAUUUUCCUAGCCAGUCAAUGACAUUUUCUGGCCAAUAAACACGCGCUGUACUGGGCUGGAUGCCCCGCCUUCUGGCUAGUAAACUGCUUAUUUUUGCGUAAAAAAAACGAGGACACGUCGCACCGCUGAGUGGCCCUUCUGGUACUGAUCUUUAUUCUGUGGCCCAACGGAGGUUUCCUACUUUGCUACUAGAUUAGCGAGGUUCAGAUUGGGCUUCCAGUACCGCUCACAGGCUUGAUACGCAUUUGAUGGGCCAAUUGGGUAGAUUACAUGCUGCAUCUCACUGGGGAACGGUAUAGUGGAAAAUAAAUUUUAAUAUCUGAACCUCUCUAAAGAAACAAUAGAGACCUUACGAUUUUAGUACGGCAACGCGACGGCAACGGCUAUCAAUACAAUAGAUCAUUGAAAAGAAUUGAAUAAUUACUGUAUAUGAAUAAUUUCGACAUUAUCCUCGCUUUGUUUACAACGCCAAAUCACAGAUUUUCACGUCUUGAUAUACAACGGCUGCAUUCCAAGCCGCAACAAGUGCAACUUCAAACUGGGUUUAGCAGAAUUCUUCCCAACCAUAAAACCCAUGUCUUCAACUUCUAAAACUGUAUUAAAUUCAUACGAUUGAUAAUAUACCACGAACUAUCUUUACUACCAUUUAUUUGAAGGAGUUUGUUUUCGCCGUCCUAAAAUCCGGCGUAAGGUCUCUAAUGAAAAGAUAAUCCAUACUGAAUCUCAAAACAGAACAGUUUGUAUAGGCAAGGAGUUGCGAGAGUUACCAAAAUAAGUUUACUUCAGUUCAGUUUCCAGUCAUAGUCAAUAUCCAGGGUAGGUGGCCAGAUAGGCUCUCUGGCACCUUGGUCAGUUGCUGGGUGGCGAUAAUCAUUUUAGGUCAGAAGGACAGAAGUCCAGCUCAAAGUGGUAAAAACUACAUUGUUUUUCUAUUCCCUUCUUAACUUCUUUGCCCCCAGAUUCAAUUGUUUUGAUUUAUCAAUAAGAAUGCCAAGUGCAAUAGUUUACAACCUAAACAUUUAAAGUAAAUUAAACUUCACAUCCGAUCAUACACAGACAGACCCAAGUCUCUUUUUAAACUUGUUGAAAACUCUCGCUAAUAUUUUCUAGGUUUGACAAUUUGUGUGAAAAAGCUCAAGAGCUGGAGGUAGAAGACGAUGACGCGAUCGACACUCAUCUCCAAAAAUUUGUUCCAUUUUCUAAAGACGAUGUCGAAACACUUUCGCACAUCAAGGUAGGAGACAUGUGAAUGAGAGUUGUCGAGAGUUGCAACAAUCGCUCGCGUUUGGCUGCCAAAUCUCAUCAACUCUCGCGGACUUUGAACUGUUUCAAAUUUUAAGACCAAUCUAGAUAUAUUUUUCCUGUGUUGGUGUAAUGUACUCAGGUGAAUAUGAUGCUUGUGAUGUUACUCACAUCUUGAAAAAUAUGCCUGACCACGGUGGGAAUCGAACCUACGACCUUUGGAAUACUAGCCCAAGCUCUGCCAACUGAGCUACGCGGUCAGGACGGUUCGAGUGUGUUAUAUUUCGGAACUGAAUCUAGUUCCUUCGAUAUCAAUGUAAUCUAGUUAUAAUGUUAUUUUUUCUGUGUUGGUGGGCUAGUAUUCCAAAGGUUGUAGGUUCGAUUCCCACCGUGGACAGGCAUAUUUUUCAAGCUUGCGCGGUGUGGAUAUACACUCAGAGUAACAUCACAAGCAUCAAUCUAGCUAUUUUACAUUAUGUAUUUCUUGUUAUUUCAGUCCAAACUAUGUUUGAUUAGCCAAAGUCUUCCACUAUACGAGCUAUGCAAAACGAGCGUGCAAGAAGCGUUGCAAGUAAGUAUGAAAUAUAUCUGCUAGCUUCUCUAGGGUCAUGGAGUUAAAUCAGUUAAUUCAAAACUUUGGCCAACUUAUAUUAUAUAGUUACCCGGUUGCGAAUUAAGAAUUUUUUCUGACCUAUAGUUAUUUUUAAAAAUUGUGGGCCAAUGCUAGUUUUGAGCAAUAUCUGAAAGUGUCUAGAUUUUGGCUUCGGAAGAAAUUGAUUUUCAUGCGAGUAAUUUCUGAAGAAUCCGCACAAAAUGCCUUGCGAGUGAAUAAUGCGCAAGACCCACACGCGUGCGGAACCAAGAAGAUUUCGGAUUAUUCGAGUUUCGAUUUGACAAAAACCGCUUUCGGAAAAAUAUCCAACAUUUCUGCGCACUUUUCCCAAGGAAAAAAUUUUCUGCGCAAAAUAUUCCCCUUAACCUGGGAAGGGGGGGGGGGGUGCUUACUUAUUUUGACAAUUCAGAUAGCAUAUUUUCAGCUUCAAUACCAGGUUUAAGAAAUGCUGGUAUCCACAUGGAACUAGGUCCAGCGUCCCUCACUAGGUCACCAGAAAAAUUCCAAUCUCGUGCCCUUCAUAUAAAGUUAUCCAAACUUGGAUAACUUUAUGAAGAACAAGAGAUUGGAAUUUUUCUGGUAUCUGUUCCAUGAUCUAGUUCCAUGUGGAUACCAGCAUUUCUUAACCUGGUAUUCAAACUGAAAAUAUGCUAUCUAAAUUGUUUCCAAACUUUGUGAAAUGGCUAUUUGAACAAGCAUCAGCCAAAUGUGUACCCAGUUGUGAUUGAUUCGUUCGUUUAAUCGUUUCUCUCCUGUCAGUUUUUCUUAGAGAAAAUCGUGCACAGCCAUGGUAACCUAUUGCCGGAUUGGAUGGCUCACAGAAAAAUAAAACCUCCGGAGAAAGAUGAACAACAGCUCGAUUAAAGAAAAUAUAAAACAAUUAUAUAUAGAAAUGUAUCAGUAAUAUUACGCUAAUUUAUGCAACUUAUGUUGUAAAAUUUAUAUUUUAUGCUCUUUGUUGUGAAUAACAGGGCCAAAAUCCUAUAUUUCAUACAUCACAAGAAUUCAAUCACAAAAGCAAGCUAAGCCUAAAAAUGUUUCUAGAUUUUUCAUUGCUGGUUUUUUUUCGUUCCACAAAAAUGGCUUUUGCAUGACCUACAUUAGCCUAAUACAUUGGCAUAUAUCUAGAAAUGCGUCCUCAAUGAGGGUGAAAAAACUUCAGGCCGAUUUAGUUUUCAUAUUGAAAACUGGUGUAAAUGCCACAUACAUAGGGCCACAAGAAGGCUAACUGACCUUCCCAAUUUCACCAACCCAUUGAGUGGCAGCACUCUCCCCCUGACGGGUAAAAUCGUCUGGCGUUAGACAGAGUAAAAUAAUCUGGCGUUAGACAGAGUAAAAUAAUAAAAGUAGGGCACAUCUGGGCGCAUCACAGGGAGCCCAUCCCGGGUCAUAUUUCCUCCGUGGGGGAGUGUGGAUCUUUUCUGGAAUGACCCAAUAAGACCCGGGAUGGGCUCCCUGUUGGCGCAUUGCCACAUAAAGGGUUAAAUUGGCAAAUUUUCUAAUAUUUUUCUGGCUAACACCUUGAAUGCCCAAAUUAGGUAAAUCUAAAGCCCUGUUGACUAAUUCUUUCAAAAUAAAUAUAUUUUAUUACAUUCUUUCUUUUCAGUUCAUCUACUCUAUUAAAAACUUCAUUAUAUAUUAUUAAAAAGCCACGCAAAUAUAUUAUUAUCAGCUAAUAUACCUAAGGCCUGAUAAUAUAAUUUCAAAAGAUGCAUUAAUUAUGCCCCACGACACAAUGGCUCGUGAGCAAUUCAUGAACGCCCCUCGAUACACACGGGAUAUACGUCGACAACGAGUCUCAAAAAUACUCUGAAAUGUCUUUUGUACGCUCCAGUACUCGCCGCCGACAUGUUUUUGCAUGUUCGACUUAACCACAGACAGAGGGUAAAAAAUGGUACUAUUAGUAGCGCCGAGCAGGGCACCGCAUAUAAAAUCCUGAAUGGUAUUUUCAAAACUAGUCUGCGCUUCCGGUAACAUGUCCUUUAGGUAACCUCGGAAUCCGAAAAAGAUUGCAUUCGACGGACCAUUCCGCAGAAGGAUGGCGGUUAGCCCUCGGUAGUACUCUUUCAUACCGUAGACCCGUAACUCUCGGAAUGUGUGAAGUGUAUUCAGGAAUCGAUCGUGAUGCUUUCGAUGCGAUAGUAAAGUCUGGACUCGCUCGAACGGAGUAAGGAUGGCCUCGGCCGAACCGGCAAGAAUGGCUGCCACACUGUUGUUAAUCUGUGUUGGGAUUUGCGGAAACGAGUUAUUUAGGUCUCUUUUAAAUCUGUGAUAAAGUCCAAACAUAAUAGAGACUGAUACGGCUUUUUGUAACAACGGUGGCAAAACGCCUCGGUAGAGGAAAUGAAAACCCUCGUUCUUUAUCUGGGCUAAAGCAACAAGAAGCCUCGAUCCAUCGACUUGUUGCCGAAACGUUACUUUAAAUACUGGAUAUGUAGCAAGGAUAUUGAUCGCGCUCGCACCGGCGCCAGCUGCAAAAUGUUGCCAAUCUUGAUCGCUGUCUUGAGUCCAUGAUUUCUGUCGCAUCUUUUCCUUGCCAGGCACGCUCGGUCGUGCCUGUUGAGACAUAGUUUAAAAGUAUAAAAGCAUCGUCAUUACUAGCUCGCAUCACCACGCCAAAACCGUCCAAAUCUCAGCAGAAAAAGUUGUGUAAAUACAUAUUUUCACAUUCAUGUUGCUGCGAAAAAAGUGGCCAUGAGAGUUUCCGCGAA